UAUUACCCAAUUGAUGUCAGUAAUGCAAAUUUUGUCGAAGUUCUUUCUGUGGAGCACUCUUUGGUUAUCCGCAUUGAGCUUCACCCACAUCGCACUUGACGUAACAUUUGUGACGUCCGUAGGCUUUGACCAUUAAAACGACAAACGGUCUACAACAAAGGAUUGAAAGGUAGCGUAUUUCGCUAUGUUUGUUUCAAGAGGUUUACGGUAAUUGGUCAUAAAGCUGGUAGCUUAGCAUCUAGCAUAGCGUUUGCUAACUGACGAGUUCGCCGGUACAGGCGGUCCUCUUUGUCUGACAGGGGAAGGCGUGCUCUUUGUUAAGGCUUUUCCCUUUGUCCACCCGGAAAAAAAGAGGAACUGUUAGGCCAGCAUUACAUAUUUAUCCGCAGUGCUAUCGUAUUUAGAAAAUGCAAGUCGCGAAAAAAUACUUCACAGAAGGCCUGAUUCAGUUGACCAUCUUGCUCAGUUUGAUUGGAGUUCGCGUGGACAUCGACAGCUACUUAAGUGGCUACUACUCGCCUCUGAUUGAGAUUAACUUAGGUCCUAGCUCUGCCUACACGCAGACGCCCUUCCACAAUUUAAGAGACACCCUCGGGGGAUACACCGUGCACCCCAAAUGCCCCGAGUUGGACAGUUUCUUUGCAAGUCGCCGGCUUCUUGAGGAGGUUCGGAAUCUGGGCUCUCCGCGGUUCCCCACGCAGCUCAACGCAUGGCUGGUGCACCAAGUGUCGCCCAUUGACAAGUCUGAUGGUGGAGAGCCUUCAACGAGCAGCAGUACAGACACCGAGCCGGACCCAGAAAGCUACCAAGCCAACGAUGACAGGAACCAAGAGCUUCAGCGAACAUCUGCAUCCGGGCCUUGUGUCAGCAGGGUUGUAACACAGGAGGAUGAUGUCGCUGUCAAAGAGGAGGAGGAAUCUGCUCCAGUCACUCAGCUGGCUCUCAGCUCCACAUUGGAACAAGAGAGCGUGCUUGAUGGCAUCACUGGGCUGUCGGAGUCGCCACAUCACCCACUGCCCGCGACCGACUUCGACGAGCACUGGAGCCGCUUCCUCUCAAUGCCAGUCGCUAACCUUGAUGACCUGGACUCUCUUGUUACUGAGCGCAUGUCAGACCUGGACAUAGACGGCGGCGGGGGUGGCAUCAACCUGGAUGCCACUUUGCUGGAUGCCAUGGUAACCAGCGGCGGAGUGUUUGAUGCCAGUCAGCAGAGGCCAUUAUUCCGACAGGAGUCCACCGGCUCCAGCCGCUCCGGCGCUUCACCGGAGAUGGCCCUGGGGCUGGCUGCGCUGCCUUUUGCCUCGGUGUGCAACUUAAGUGGCGGCACGCCGUUGCAAGGGGCGCUGGGUGACUGCCUGGAUGAGGCCGUUUUUGACCAGAUCAAUCAGCUGGGUUUGGAGGGCUUGGAAAGUAUUGACUCACAGCUGAUUGACUCUUUUGGAAGCAUCAACCCAGACAUCCUUGAGGAUUUGGACUCUGAUUCUGGUCUCUCUCUGGAGAGCAGCUCUGGAGGUCCAGUCUCCCCAGGAUCGUCGGAGAUGUCAUCGUCCUCCAGUUCGUGCGAGGAUGAAUGCGGAGCUACGGGUUACAGCAGCGAGGUGGAUUCGCUCCCCUGUAAAGGCGUUUUGGACCGCACCACCCUGUGGCCGCAUGUGGAUCUCAGCGAGCGCGUGUGGCACGACCACAGCUACUCAUCUCCCGCUGUCUUCAAUCCGCCACCCGUCACUCUGCCUCACAAAGGCAUCAAGGAGGAGCCACUUAGCGAUGACGAAGAACCCUAUCUCGAUCAGCCGGAGCUGAGCCGGGACGAGAUGCGCGCCCGCGCCUUGUGCAUCCCCUUUUCUGUGCUGCAGAUCGUCAACAUGCCCGUGGAAGAGUUCCUGGACAUCGUCGACGGCCACGGCUUCUCCCCCGAACAAGUGACGCUCCUCAGGGACAUCCGGCGGCGGGGCAAGAACAAGUUGGCGGCGCAGAACUGCCGCAAACGCAAACUGGACGCCAUCACGGGGCUCCAGGAGGAAGUGGACCGGCUCCACGCCCACAGAGACAGGUUGCUGAGGGAGAAACAGAUCACGGCCAAGACCAUGGGCGCCGUUGGGCAGCAGAUAAGGCAGCUCACCAGAGACGUCCUGGCUCGCCUGAGAGAUGAUUCGGGACAGCCCCUGAACCCGGACCGAUUCACCCUGCAGUGCGGGGCCAACGGCAGGGUGGUGGUUCAGCCUGUGAGGAGGCCCGCCGUCUCCUCAUCGAGCAGCAAUAAAACAGACAAGAGGAAGAAAGGGAAGAAGCAGUGAUGCAGUAUUUCUUGCGCCAAACUAAAGUUGAACUUUCUUGCCUUUCUCUGGCUGCGGGAUCGCCUUACCAAGGUGUGCGUGCGUGCGUGCGUGUCGAACCCACUGCUGUUGGGAGUCUGUAACAGCUAAAGCUGCCAAAAAAAGGAGAAAGUCACAAAGAGUUAUUAAAAGAAAGACUUGUGAAAAGGUGGGGGGGAAUGUAGCUUACACACUGGACAUCCGAAGCUUCUUUGAAAAUGGACUCCAAGGGCGUUGAAAGGAAAGUUUGUAUGGAACUGUAUGUGAUGCAACCACUCGCUUUCUGUGCCGGCAAACAUCAAAAUGACUCGCUCGCUGGCUAUUGCGGCUGACCGAAACGUGUAAAAGAUCAGGCAUGUUUAUACGUCAGCAUGGCCAGCUAGCAAAGAAGACGGCCAAGUCUCCUUUGUUUUGGUAUAUCCUCUCAAGCGUACCCUACGACACAAGCGGGUGAUGAUUAAUGGCUGUAUUUAUUCAAGCAUUUUGAAGUUUAUGAAAGCUUGUACGCAUCAAAGGCCGCCAAUGGCCGUGCGUUUUUAUUUCCAUCAUAAGUGUAUUCAAAAGUGGUCAUAGAAAUGGGAAAUUGCUUACAGUAAUGUUUACACAUUUAUUUCAGAUUUUUGGACGUGUGUGCUGUCAUGAAAUUUAAGAUGAGAGAGAUUGGGUUACGUCUCGAUGACAUGUACCAAUGAUUGAACUGACAAGGCCUUAAGUUGCAUUGGAUGGUUUAUGUACAUGAACUACAAUUCAAAGUCAUCGUUAACUGAUUUAAAGCACAAUUCACACAAAUUAAUUUAUUGUAAAGAUUCGGCCAGGUUAUUUUCUACCUCUCACUUGAGUUCAUCUUAAAACUUUGGAAACAUAUUUUAAGUGCACUAUAUCACUCCAUUAUUGGUCAAAUGUCCCUGUAUGGGCCCGAACCUUCCCAUUAAAGAUUUAAUACAAUCAUGUUAUGUUUGGGAUUGUUUGAAAAGUAUUUACUUGGGUUUGCUGUGUUUUUUUUUCUGAGGCAUUUACAAAGACUUUGAAAUGAAGAUACGCAAUAGACAUGCACAAAUUAGUUCCUGAUCUUUUUCUUUACCAUGUUCUCAUGUUUUCAUUUUUUUAUUUGUCUGGUAUGACUGUUUACUUCUUGGUAUAAAUGUUCUCCCCCUCUUCUCUCCAUCGUUGAGCAAAUGUUUUUGAUUGCAUGGUAUUGUUGAAUGUGUUUUCUGCUUGAGGGGGACUUCAAGAGGCUUUGACAUGAUUCUGAUUAAAAAUGAAAGCGA